GAUACACCGGUUUUAGCCAUUCUAUUUAGCUGUUUUAUACAAAUAAACUGUGUUUGAUUUGUUAUUUCGAAGUGUUUGUGUCAUAAAUAGUGUUUCUUGAUGAAGACGAUCAAUUUUCUUUAAUUUGUUUCUUCAAUUGUGGAUUUAUCAGGCUAUUUUUUGUGGAUUAGUGACUGAUGAACAGUGUUGGACAGUGUUUUUUUUUUGUAGUUUGUAGUGUAAUUAUUAUACGAAUAGUUGGUGGUUAUUACUGUUUUCUUUUUGUUUUACUAGUUCUUGAUUAGAAGACUUAGACUUUAAUAAAAUGGUGAUCUCUUGCUCAGCGUAUGGUUGUACAAAUCGACAAAAGAAAGGUGUCGACAUAUCCUUUCAUAGUUUCCCAUCUGAUACAAUUUUGCGGCAGCAAUGGAUCAUAGCUAUGAAACGACAAAAUUUUCAACCCUCAAAAUAUUCCAAAUUGUGUUCAGAACAUUUUCAGAAGGAUGACUUUAUUCAUAAUUUUGGGUUGAAAACAUUAAAAAAGGAUGUAAUUCCUACAAUAUUUAAAUUUCCACCGCAUCUGAUGAAAAAAGAACCCAUGAAACGAUCCACUAGAUUGCAAAGGACGGCAGCAUCAACAUCAUUUUCAGUGGGUCAUGCACCUCCGCCAUUAGCAAGCACAAGUUUUACAAAUGCCGAAGAAGUGAACAGUAACCCUGAAUUGGAGCAGUGUGUUCCUGUAACCGACAUGCCAGAAGAACCUGCUGCUAUGCCAGAACUACCGCCAGCAUCAUCGUUUUUGCAGUGCAGAAAACGGAAAAGAGAUCAACCAGUAUAUAUGGGUGACUUCUCUCAAUAAGAUUUGGAAAAUCCUAAGAAGUUUAAAGUUAUGUGGGAGAUAGCAGAGAAGACAGUAAAUAGACAGAAACAAAGAAUAUCAUACUUACAAACAAACGUAUGCAGACUUCAAAAAAGAAUAAAAUCAUUAAAUGAUUUAGUGAAUCACUUAAAGAAUACAAACAGAGUUUCUUCUGAAUGCCAUUUACUGCUUCAGGUUUGACAAAUUGUGGUAUCAGAAGUAU